AUGCCACCUUCUUCGUCCUCAUCAAGUGAGCUUUUAAAAGGCUCCAACACGUACCAUGUCGACAAACUCAAUACUUCAGCAACCAUCACGCCAGUAAAAUCAACACCAUUGUACACUGAAGGGAAGAACAUGGACAAUACCAAGUUUUUAUAUUCUAGCAAAGAUUCGCAAGCUACACAAGCUACACAGUCUGCCAAAAACUCGCAUUUUCUUGACUCAGGUCCUUCCUUGGUGGAUAUCUUUUACUCGGCAAAGAAACUUCUCAACUUACAAUCAAGAGUAGAAAAUAGACAGUUGCGGAAAGCAAACAGCAGGACCCAGCUACACCGCAUGGUUCAAAUUGGGAAUGCAAAUACACACAUCAAAAAAGAAAAUAACCCUAACCCAGCAUCUGAACUGUCGCAACCAUCUUCACUUUCGCAUGCACUGUUGCUGCAGGAUAAACUGCAUUCUCAAACACAACUGCUGAUGCAGACCCAACUACCGAUACUGUUACUGCUGUAUAAUGACAAGAACGUUUUGGACCUACUAUCUCCAUUGUCUAUGGAUGAAAUACACCAUUUAAAUACAAAGAGUUCAUUCCAACCAAGUAACCUACUGAAUAACACCUCACCAACAUCAACAUCAAUAUCAACAUCAAACGCAAAUCACUCAAACCAGUCUGAUGAGAAGCAAAUGACAAUAAAGAAAGAAGAACCCCAAAUUCAUAGACAUGUAUCUGCAAGCCCGUCUCAACAACAAAAUGUUGAUUACGCCAAAGUAUUCACUCCAAACUCGGAAGACUCGAGCUCUGCAUCUCGACACAACUCUAAUGCAUCAUCGAAAUUAUCAACAAACUCAUCAUUGCAAUCGGAUAUGAACACUAUAAAAGCACCGCCAAAAUCCAACCUCACUUCUUCAUUGACAAAGAUGAAAAACGAGCAACAACAGCAACAGCAACAGCAGCAGCAACUGGAAAAACUGGACAAAUUGGAGAAACUGGAAGAGCUGGAACAACUGGAACAACUGGAAAAACCAAAGCAACUGGAUAAUCUGCAACAGCUGAGUCUGAAUCCACUCUCACAACCUGCUGAUGUUGGCACCACCACCACCACCACCACCACCACUUGCUUCAACUGUAAAACUCAAAAGACGCCUCUUUGGAGAAAAGAUGCAGAGGGAAACACGUUGUGUAAUGCUUGUGGCUUGUUCCUCAAACUUCAUGGAACCACUCGUCCAUUAUCGAUGAAAACCGAUGUUAUCAAAAAGAGAAACUCGAGAAAAACCUCAGUGUCAAAUAGCGUAUCAAGCUCAGUAGGAAUGAACCCCAUGUCAAUGUCCAUGGCAAUGUCAACAUCAUUUCCUCGCACCUUUGGUUCAGGUAAUGGUACACAUUCCACUUCCUUGGCAACAACAGCAGCCACAUCAACCUCAUAUCGUGAAUCUUUGAAUCAAAAAAGACAACUACCAAUAGCGAUAGCACCAUCGCCUGCAAACAUGCAAAUGGGAUCUUCUGUGCCAAACAAUUUCAUGAACUCGUCAUUUUCAACACAGAGCCAGAACCAUAGUCAGAGUCAGAGCCAGAGGUAUAAAAAUGUAUUGAUAUUGCCCAAACCAGCAAGUUCGACAAACUUGAACAAUUCAUUCAAAAGCAAGGCUAUAGCAAUACCUUCUUCAUCUUCGUCAAAUCAGCAGCAGACGUCAAAUCUGGAAACAUCGCCAUGUUCAGCCUCGUCUUCGGCAGCCUCGUCAUAUUCAUAUACUGUGGAUUGCAAUCAGCCAUUUAAAAGAAAAAAGUCGGAGUUAAAUGUACAUGCUAUGGGACUUGCUGCUGCAGCUGGUUCUGCUGGAAUAGGUGCUACUUCAUCAUCAUUCAACAAUAAAAAUAGAGCCGAUUCUUUAGUUUCGCUAACAAGUCACCAACAACAACAACUGCAACAACAACUGCAGCAGCAGCAGCAGCAAUACCCAACUUACGCAUUAAAAAGAAACAAUUCUCUCAUUUCAGCACCAUCAUCAUUGAGUAGAAGAACUUCUUUGGUAAACAUACCAAAUAGGAAGAAUGGAUCCAUUUCUACGCCAACAAAUUCACUCACAAUGGGCAACGUCAAUAUGCUUAAUCAACGUUAUUCUCAAGCCAGCUAUUUUGAUAUGCCUCAGCAACAACAACAACAACAGCAGCAGCAGCAGCAGCAAUAUCCAGUAUCAACCCAAUUUAGAGCACCUCAGCAGCAAAGAUCGCUGUUAUCUAGACAGAAUAGUGCCUCCACCAUUAUGAAUAAUCACAUGAACACAAAUACUAUUAACUCGCAAAUUUACACAAAUAAUGAAUUUGUCGAUACCCCUAAUUCAUAUUAUUCACCAGGCUCAUAUUCUGCUGGUCUAGGACAUUUGCAACAUCCAAACCAAUAUCAGCAACAGCAGCAAAGUCAACAUCAACCUAGUUCAACUACGCCCAAUUCUGUGCCAGAAACGCCUCUUGAAAUUACUGAUCUUGCUCCAAACCCCAAUUCAAUUACUGGUUUAUCCAACAACACCAAUAACAACAACAGUUCAUUGGGUGCUUCUUCUUCUUCUUCUUUUGUCAAUCAAAUGGGACAAUACGCUUCUUUGAAUGGAACAAAGACAAGAGGCCAGAAAGUAUUGGAGGAAUAUAGAGCUAGUAAACCCCCAAUAGCGCAGCAUAGAGGUAUCGAUGAUGAAUUGGUAAUGAUGGCUACCGAUCCACUUUCCGAUAUUGUGAAUAUCAAUGCGAACAAUAUGAACAGCAUGAAUAACAUUACUAGUGGUUUGGAUAUCAGUGGUGAUAUGUCGACUCCUACAGUUAUACCCGAACUAGAUGUUGACAAUAUAAUGAUGAGCGAAGAUGAUUUCUUCAAAAACUAUACUAGUCUACACAAUGGUGAUGAUGAAGAAGAAGAGCAUGAUGGAAACCGGGUUCUGCAGGACACAAGUCCCGCAAAUUUGGGCGUCGACUUUGACAAUGCUAUAUUUGGGACCAAAGUGAUGCAACAAGAUAAUAAUCAAGCUUUAGGACUAGGUAGCAAUAAUUACGAUUUCGCAGAUGCAAAUAUAGGUAUAGGAAAAGGAAGUAAUAACAGCGGUAAUGGCGGUAAUGGCGGAGCUGGUGGCACUGGUGGUACUGGUUUGGCCGAUGACAAGAACGUUGAUACAACUGCUGCAGCCGCUUUACAGUUUAAAGAUCUAGAUUGGUUGAAAUUUGAAAUGUGA